ACAAAGCCGUCCAAAAUUCCAAACCCUUGGUUACGGCCGCAUCAACUGAUCAGAUCUUGCUGAGAGCAACACGAGGCACAGUACAAUAAACUGUCAGCAACUUUAAAGAAGGUAACUACAGUACCGAGAGACUACCGAACCGGUACGAUCAAUCACAAGCAUACGUUAAGUCUCAUACGUGGCUGCUUAAUCCCACCUAGCCAGAUAUAAGACCGUUUCUGCGCUAUAUGUCAUUCAAUGCAAUGUGAACCUCCGCAGCAUCCAAAUCAAAUAGCCAUUGGGCGAAGUAUAUGCCAAGAAUAAUAAGUAAAGAAGCAGGCUUGGGCAGCAAUGUCUUUCUUUUCCGAUGGACGAUGCAAGAGAGGGACGGGAACUAGUGCGGGUGCAUUGGGUCAUGGAGUGGUAGAGAGAGAGGAACAGGCCUAGGGGACUCAGAUGCCUGCUCAUAUGCUUCAAUGGUCUAUAUCUAAGCUGAUUUGAUCAGGAAGGUCUGAUGCAUACGUAGGGAGUAACCGUAGUACCUAGGAUCGGCGAACAGCAGAAAGCUCGUGGGGUGCAAGCUGUGGACGUGUGACCAAUGUGGUUGUUUGACCGGGCCAUUGGCUCCACACACGCCUAAACAGCUUUAUUAUUCUUGCAAUAUACCACUUUCCACUAACGGUCCCCAUGUACCUAGUGAAGAGGAGAUCAGACGGCCUCCUCGUCGAAAGAGUGGUGAGCGUUGAUGGUGUUGGAAGCCCAAACCGAGUAUGCCGGUCUGGAUAAAAACCGUCAUUCGGGAGCCUAUGGCUGUUCAUCUAGGCCACACAUUAUCUCGAACAUAUAGCCUGCACGCCGACACCGAAGAGGUCACCGACGAAGUGCGCGAAACCUUUACCCACCACAACAGAAUAUAUCAGCGCUGUUCAGUGGACCGCAGGAUAUAUCUUGUGCCUAUUGACGAGGAUGAGACUAUUCGCUUGCGCAUCCAAUACGACGUCUUAGCCAUGGUGUUUGACGGGAGAUCUAUCUUCCCACCCAUGGGUGCUCUAAGGCGAGUACUCGACUGCGGCUUCGGAACGGGAAUGUGGGCUUUCCAAGUGGCUUGGGAGAAUCCUAGGUGCGAGGCACGUAUAGAGUCGUUUCUUGCAUCGGUCGCUUCUGUCCAGGUUUCAUCUCCUGGACCGCAGGGCAGAGCUAGAAAGCCGCUGCAGCCAGCGCGUUUCAACCACAAGAAGAUUGGGUUGGUCAUUGGCAUCGACGUGAGCCCCCAUCAUUAUAACCCCGAGGAGAGUGUUGACAACCUUUACCUUAAUGUCGACAACUUAAAUAUGCCGCUUUCGUUUCCUUCCAAUCAUUUCGACCUUGUGAAUAGUAGACUUGUAGCCGGAGGUAUCGACCGUAAUCGAUGGAUCGAAUACAUACGUGAUAUCCUCCGGUGUCUGCGCCGAGGUGGAUGGUGCCAAAUGGUUGAAAUCGAUUACAACGCACAGUCCGACAAUGGUACAUUGACAGAUGGUCACGCACUUCGCCAAUGGUCAGACAAAUACAGCCGAGCAAUGUCGCAGCUCAAAAACGUCGAAGCGCCACGACGUCUUGCGCAUUGGAUGAGGCAAGCUGGCUUUACCGAUGUCGAGGAGCGAAUGAUCCCCUUACCUAUGUGCGGCUGGUCUGAUAGCCAAAGAGACUUUGAUAUUGGUGUUCACAACCAAGAAAACGUUCGAUUGCUGCUCGGGUCUUUAGCCUUGUACCCGUUCACAGAGCUCCUAAACAUGACUAUUACGGAAUUUCACGUCUUGGUGGCACAGGCGAGAGCAGAAGCUACCAACCCUGCACUAAAGAAAGCCGAGGCGCUGAGGUCGGCGGGAGCUAGUUUGGCGGCUCUCCCGGAAGGAAACCUUGCCGCAGUGGAGAGGCAAGGUAUACGGCGGGUCAAAGCAGACGCAGGUUAG